AUGAUAAACUCUAUACAAUACAAUCAUUCAUCAUUCAGACACCAAGAAAGAGGUAAUCAAAGCAAAUGGUUCAGAGAAAAGGAUCAACUAGGCGAAGAUGCAGAAGAGCUUGUCCACGUCCCUCUUCAGGCCAUUCUCUUGGCGGACAGCUUCGCCCAGAAGUUCCGCCCCAUCACCCUUGAACGCCCCAAAGUACUGCUGCCAUUGGUGAAUGUUCCCAUGAUAGACUACACUUUAGCGUGGCUUGAGUCUACUGGGAUUGAGGAGUUUUUUGUCUUUUGCUGUGUGCAUUCGAAACAGGUUAUCAACUAUUUGGAGAAUUCCCAUUGGUUUUCUUUGCCACACUUUGAUGUCACCACAAUAGAGUCACACAAUUCUGUCAGUGCCGGUGAUGCGCUGCGUCUGAUUUUCGAGCGGCAUGUGAUACAUGAAGACUUCGUCCUUAUUACUGGAGAUACAGUAAGCAACAUGUCACUUACACAGGAACUUCAAGAGCAUAAGGAUAGAAGGGAGAAGGAUAAUAAUGCUGUAAUGACUAUGGUUAUUAAACGGUCAAAGCCUUCUCCGAUUACUCAUCAAUCUCAACUUGGUACUGAUGAGCUGCUAUGGCAAUUGAUCCUUACACAAAGCAACUUCAAUUGCUAUAUUGACAUCUGCUCCCCGGAAGUCCUCAGUAUUUUCACUGACAAUUUUGACUAUCAACAUUGGCAGCAUCAUUUCAUCAAGGGAUUGCUUGUCGAUGAUAUUAUGGGAUACAAAAUUUUCACGCAUGAAAUUCACUCAAAGAGGGGGUAUGCCCUAGUGUAAGAUAGUGACCAACAUGAGACACGAAAUGUCACCACACAAGACACUUGAUGAGGGCAUCCUCCUUCUAUCAGUAUUGUUUAGGGCAUCCUCUUUCUGUCAGUAUUGAUUAGGACAUCCCCCUUCCGUCAGUUUGUUUAAGGCAUCCAUCUCUCUUCAGUUUGUUUAGGACAUCCCUCUUUCUUUAGUUUGUUUAGGGCAUCCCCCUUCCGUCAUUUUGUUUAGGGCAUCCCGUUUUCUUCAGUUUAUUUAGAACAUCUCUCUUUCUUCAAUUUGUUUAAGGCAUUCCCAUUCUGUCAAUUUGUUUAGGGUGUUUCCAUUUUUUCAAUUGUUCUCACCACUAUGGAUUGGACAUCCAUGGACACUUCAGUUAUUUCACGACCAUAGAUUGGACAUCUAUGACCUUCUAAGAUUGAGUUUAUUUGCCAUCAUAAAUUGGACAUCUAUGGGCUUUUGAAGUUGAGUUUUUCACCACCAUAAAUUGAACAUCUAUGGGCUUUUGAGAUUGAUAUUUUCACCAUCACAAAUUUUUAUUUGUGGGCUUUGAGAUUUUCACCACCAUAGAUUUCCAUUUAUGGGCUUUUAGGAUUAAAUUUAUUUACCACCAUAGACUGGACAUCUAUGGGCUUUUGAAAUCAAGUUUUUCACCACCGUAGAUUUCCGUCUAUAACCUUUGAGAUUGAGAUUGAGAUUGAGAUUUUCACCACCACAUAUUUUUAUUUGUGAGGCUUUGACUUUAUUCACCACCAUAGAUUUUCGUCUAUUGGCUUUUGAGAUUGAGAUUGAGAUUUUCACCACCAUAGAUAUCCAUCUAUGGGCUUUUGAGACUAAGAUUUUCACCACCAUAAAUUGGAUAUCUAUGGGUUUUUAAGAUUGAGAUAUCACCACCAUGGAUUUUUAUCUAUGGGCCUUUGAAUACAUCACUACCAUAGAUUUUUUAUUUGUGGGCUCUUGAGUAUAUCAACACCACGAAUUUUUUAUCUAUGGGUCUUUGAGUAUCACCACCAUUGAUUGUGUAUCUAUUGGCUUUUGAUGAGUUUCACUACCAUAGAUAUUCAUCUAUGGGCUUUCCAGUUUAACAUUUAGAGCUAUCUUUUUGGUUUGGCUUCCAAGGCCAUUCUUUUUUUAGUUUAGCUUUUAGAGCUAAUCUUAUCAUUCAAAGCCACAACUCUCGACAUUCAUGAUCAUUAGCAUGGCAUACCUUGUCCUCAAAGCUUCACACUCCAUCCUACUUCUCAUUUCGUUGCAUGUGCUUUUCACUUUUUCAUCAUAUUAUUUUGGAGUUUCUCCUCCUCUAUUGCGCAUGAUAUAGUCCUUUGAGCUCAUAGCAUGUGUUUCGAUCAUAUUGUUGGGUUCUCAUAUAGUACAUGUAUGGUUUUUGCCUUUGUACGUGUUAGUUCCUGUGUUCCUUGAUGAUGCGAUUGCUGCUUAACUUUAACAUCGAUUUUAAAAUCAUUUUUUGAGACAUUUUAGAGGGAGUCUGGAUCCAUAGUGUAGCUUUAGAGGCACCUCAGGAGUUUUUUUUUCUUGCCCGAUCUAGAGCCCCUUUGUUGUUGUUUUGAUUUGACUGAGAUUUAUUCCACUAGGACACUUUUAGGGGUCUCUCUUAUUCGUUGGUAGAGUUUAUUUCAUUCCACUCAUUAUUCGUACUUCUAUUUGUGGAAAUAUGGGAUUAUGAUUUGUAAUUAAGUGCCAAGAUUAGAGGGAUUGUGUUAGGAUACUUUCUAUUUUUAUGGAUGAGAGAAUUUCUCCUUGUGUUAGGAUACUUUCUAUUUUUAUGGAUGAGAGAAUCUCUCCUAAUUAGUUAUUGUUUCCUUGGAGAUAGUGAUUGUGCAUAUUAUAUGGCUUAGAUUAGGAAUCCCACUUGUAUAUAUAUAGGUCACUUUGUAUUCAGUUUUGACACAGAAAAAAGAAGAAUAUUUUCUUCAUGGUAUCAGAGCAUUCAAAUCUGAACCACGUAUAAAAAAAGUCAUCUUUUUCCAUGGAGAGCAGAACGGAAGGAUCAAACUCGGAGGUGACAUCUAGACCUGAAGCAGUUCACUCCGGUAGUGCCAGCACCACAGACAACAUCAUUCUUCCCAUAACAGGUCAUAAACUUAAUGGGCAGAAUUUUAUUCAAUGGGCUCAGUCUGUUCGGAUCUUCAUUUGCGGGAAAGGUAAGGAAGAAUACCUUACGGGAGCCAUUGUUCAGCCGAAGGAAGAUGAUCCAGGAUACCGAACCUGGAAGUUGGAAAAUAGUAUGGUGAUGUCUUGGUUAAUUAACUCUAUGACCAAUGACAUAGGAGAAAACUUCAUGUAUUAUGACACAGCAAAGGAGAUAUGGGAUGCAGCUAGAGAGACCUACUCCAACAUCGAUAAUACCUCGGCGAUUUUCGAAAUCAAGAGUAUUCUCUAGGAUCUUCGACAAGGAGAUUCAACUGUUACCGAAUAUUUUAAUAUCCUUACACGGUAUUGGCAACAACUCGAUAUUUAUGAAGAAUUGGUUUGGAAGUGUCCCGAAGAUGGACUCCUAUACAAGAAGGUCAUUGAAAAGGAACGCAUCUACAAAUUUUUACUUGGCCUUAAUAAGAAUUUAGAUGAGGUACGUGGUAGAGUUCUAAGUAUUAAGCCAUUACCUAAUGUUAGGGAAGUUUUUUUCUUAAAUUCACAGAGAGGAAAGCAAACAAAACGUGAUGUUGGGAACCCAAAAUUCCUCCAAAAAUCUUGAGAACUCAGCCCUAGUUGCACGAGGAACCCAAUCCAACAACAACAACCACCAAACGAAGAAGAAUCGUCCAUGGUGCGACCAUUGUAGAAAACCUGGACACAUGAAAGAGACUUGCUGGCAUCUACACGGUAAACCUGCUGAUUGGAAACCUUCUCGACCACAGCAAAACAGAGAAGGCCAAGGUUACACCGCUACAGCCGAAGAAGACACAUCUGGCACUAACUCAAAUCCUGGACCGUUUAGCAAAAGGCAAUUGGAGGCACUAUAGAAAAUGUUCCAACAGACUCUUCAAUCAACUGGAACAACUAUUGGUACGGCAUCUGUAGCCCAGAAAGGUAUUUUUUCCCAUGCCCUAAAUGUUAGACAGGAAAAUCACACUACAUGGAUAGUGGACUCAAGAGCUUCAGAUCACAUGACUAGGAAUCUCAUGGUUUUUCAUGAAUAUACUCCUUGCCAUAACAAUUCCUCUAUUCGAAUUGCCGAUGGAACCCUUUCUAGGGUAUUCAGCACAGGUUCAGUUAUUAUUUCCAAGGAUAUUACUCUUCACUUCGUGCUCUAUGUUCCAAAAUUGGAUUGCAACCUAUUGUCUAUAAGUGGACUAACACAGGAUCUUAAUUGUGUUACUAAAUUCCUUCCUCACGUGUGUGAAUUUCAGGCCUUGAACUUUGGGAAGAGGAUUGCAAUGCUGAGGUGUGUGCUGGACUUUACCUUCUGAGAGCUGAGGAAAUUCAAAGGCUACCAAUGAAGACUACUUGUGUAGUUUCCAACCCUAGUACCAAGACGGAUAGUGUUGUUAUGUUAUGGCACUACCGAUUAGGUCACCCAAAAUUUUCCUAUCUUGAAAAACUAUAUCCAUCAUUAUUCAAUAAAAAUUCCAAAAAUUUUCAAUGCAAAAUAUGUCAAUUGUCCAAACAUACUCGCAACUCCUAUUCCAUUCAACCAUACAAACCAUCUCAUCCUUUUUCCUUGAUUCACAGUGAUGUUUGGGGGGCCUCUAGCAUCAACAACAUUACAGGUUCUAGAUGGUUUGUCACCUUUGUUGAUGACCACACUCGAGUGACUUGGGUAUUCCUUAUGAAGAAGAAAUCAGAAGUGAGGGAAAUAUUUGAAAACUUCAACAACAUGGUUCAAACGCAGUUUCAGGCAAAAAUUCAAGUCCUUCGGACAGAUAAUGCUCGAGAAUACUAUCACAACAUUCUUGGGUCAUAUCUUCUGGAGAAUGGCAUCGUACAUCAAAGCUCGUGCAUUGAUACUCCACAGCAAAAUGGAGUUGUAGAAAGGAAAAAUAGACAUUUGAUGGAGGUUGCACGAUCCCAAACUCACAACUAGAUAACACAAUUUAUGAUCUAAAUUCCAGUAAUGACCUUGAUGAUCUUGAUCAACCCAUUGCUUUAAGGAAAGGUGUAAGAUCCUGCACUCAGCAUCCAAUCAGUAAUCAUGUGUCCUAUGGAAAGCUCACAGAAUUUCCAAGCGUUCAUCACUUCUCUUGAAGAUGAUCGUAUCCCAUCCAACAUCCAAGAAGCACUUCAACAACCUGAAUGGAAGACUGCUGUUCAGGAAGAAAUACAAGCAUUGGAGAAAAAUGGGACAUGGGAAAUCUCAGAAUUACCAGAGGGUAAGAGGCCUGUUGGAUGCAAGUGGAUAUUUACCGUGAAGCACAAUCCGGAUGGAAGUAUAAACAGGUUCAAGGCUCGACUAGUAGCUAAAGGAUUUACUCAAUCCUAUGGCAUUGAUUAUGAAGAGACAUUUGCACCAGUAGCAAAGCUCAACUCCAUCAGAGUGUUAUUGUCAGUUGCAGUAAAUUUGGACUGGAAUCUGCACCAACUUGAUGUCAAAAAUGCAUUUCUCAAUGGAGAACUAGAAGAGGAAGUCUACAUGAAGAUUCCACCUAGUAUGGAAACUCCAGAAAAUUCAGGAAAAGUGUGUAAACUGAGAAAGUCCCUAUACGGUCUGAAAUAGUCACCUAGGGCCUGGUUUGAUCGACUGACUAGAGUUGUGAAAAAACAUGGGUUCAUCCAAUGUCAAGCAGAUCACACACUGUUUAUAAAGCACUCUAAGGAAGGUGAAAUGACUUUGUUCAUUGUCUAUGUUGAUGAUAUUAUAAUUACUGCUUGAUUUAAAAACCCAAAGAAACCUUUGCUUUACAAGGAGAACUAUACAAAAGGAACCAAAAUACAAGUAUAAUAACUCAUGAAACUCAACUAGGGAUCUCACCAUGUAAGCCCACCUCUAGGGUGUAAAUACUGAAAGAUAAUUAAGUUGAUUCCACUUAAUAGAAAUGGUUUUAAAACAUCAAUACAAUAGGCUAAAAAAGAAACAUGGAAAUAAAGCAAGCCCUCAUCAUCUCAGGCGUCUUCCAAGUAUCUUAAAAAAUCCUAACUUUCCUCUCUUUCCAUACAAUCCAUAACAAAGUGAGUGUAGACUCUCCAUUUUGUCUUAGUAGCACAUGUUAUUCCUUGUGUUUUCUUUCAUCUCUUAGUCUUGUAGUCAUCCCAUGGUGGUCCAUUAUCACUCAAUUAAUACUAUUUUUGAGCCACCUUUAGAGACUCAUUGUUGAGGGAUUUUUAUAGAUCUUAAUUGUGACCCUAGGUGCACUUUAGGAUAAUUCAUUUAAAUGCAUAUUUAAUUCAUUCCAUUUAGGUGCACUUUAAGAGAGAGUGGUUUGAGAGAGAGUAGUAGAAUAGUUGGUGGGUUUUAGAGAGAAAAGAGGAGAUGAGAGACUUUUUUAGGAAGCUAUGGGGUAGUUUUCUUGCAUGAGGUUUUCUGAGGUGGGAGGUUUUGAGAGAACCAUGAGCAAAGGAGAUUCUCAUUUUUUUUUUAGUUGAUUUUUUUAGGGUCAUAAAGGAAGUUCAGCGGGGUUCUCUAUUGGGAGGGAAAAACAAGCAGAGAGAGCAUUUUUUUUUUUUUCGGUUGGUGAGGUUUGUUGAAAAAGGAGGAGAUGAAAAAAAACCAGCAGAAAAUGAGGAAGAGAGAAACAAAGGAUAUAAAGAGGAGACAUUAGAGAGGACGGAGGAUAUCCUUCUUCUGGUGCUUUUUGGUUUUGGGCAGAGGAGAAGGAGAGCAAGGGAGAAGGAUAGCUGCAAGAGAAGAGAAGCAAAGGGGAGCUUUCCAUUAAUGGAUAGUUUGAAUUCCCUUUUCAUCUUCAUUUAUCAUAUCGUUCUUCAUUUUUGUUUUAUUAUCAUUUUAUUAAAUGUUGCCUUCUGAUUUAUGUAUGGAUAUUCAGUUUUGUCUAUUGUUUAUAUGGUUUUGUGUGUGAAUAUGCAUACAUCUAGGUUCAUUUGUUUGCUUCCUUGCCUCAAUUAUAACCCCAUUCUUUGGGUUCUCCACCGGUUUCCCUUAAGCUCGUUGAGAAAGCAUGAUAUGGGAUUUUGAAGACCUUUUUUUAUUUAUUUAUUGAUUUUUUUUUUUUUUUUGCGUUCUUAUUUGUGAUUUGGACACCAUUUGAGUGCUCUUUUCCACAAGCUAAAGAAUACUAGAGCAAGUAUGGGUGUUUUGAGAAAACAAGCUAGUGGGUCUAAGGAGCAAGUUGCAAAGCAACAACAAGCUAUUAUGAAAUAGUUCAGUAGGACCAGUAGUAGGGUUAUGUUCAUACUAUUGUCUUCAUGGGUUUCUCAUGGACCAGCUUUUGUGAUUCAUGACAAGAAAUCUUCCAUUAGUAAUGAGCAACAGAAAUGACUGUGGAGCAUUCAACGCUGGUAAUGGCUAGCCCGAAUGGGUUUCAUAAUGGGUUUUGGGGUUUUGCCGUUGCUCAAAGGCUAGAGUUGCAGAACUAUUAACUACCUCAGAGACGAGAGUAUCUUCUAUGACUCAACAUGCACUUGUGUCUGCAAGUUGCCAAAGAUAUGCUGAUAUGGCUGAUACUUGAAUCAAAAUCGAAAUGGAACAUAUUGUUAGUGGAAACGAUUUAACUGGACACUCUCCAUACAUAAAUCCCUGAAACAGAGAAAGAUGAUCCCAUCAAGCUCCAUUUCGGAACGUGCUCUUCCAUGCCCUCUUGUAACAGGAAAGACAAUGGCUGCUAGAGAGCUGGCUAGAAAUCUGGGUUAGGUUAUGCGUUGAUGAUUGGUGGAGAUGUUGCUAAAAAGGUUGACUAUGCCUAUUGCUCCUUUGAGAAGCAGUUACCAAUUGAUGGUUGCUAUGUUGGAACUUGGACGCGAGGUUUGAAAGAUGGAGAUGCUUAUGCUUACUUGCUUAUUGUUCUUGCACUAGAACACUGUGGUCUGACAAUCUCGGAUGCAAAAGAUCCUAUUCAUGGGACAGGCUGGUAGACUUUGACAAAUCCCUUCAUGAAACUUCACAAAGUCAAAAUGUCUCAACUCAGAUGUUUCUAAAGCUCUUCCCAUAGAGUCCUUGGAGGAUGCAAAAGAAUUGCAUUCCAAACAUGUUAUAUGAGUAGGACAAGCAAUAAUGGGGACUCAGAAAGUGCAAUCUCUAAUUCAUUACAGAGUGGGGAUGCUGUCCAAACUAGAAUGGAAAAGGCAGAGGUGAAUUAUGAAGUAUUGGCUUAUAAGGAGAAGUAUAUCUACUGCAAGUUAGAUAAUUGGGAAGCUGCAUGAUAAAUUUGGGUAUUUAUUGGAGACUAAAGUUGUUUCUAUGACAAGUGAGCAAGAGAAUAACAGUUAAGAGCAAGAAACUACCAUCUAGGUGCAAACAUGUAAAAUCCAUGGCUUUGAUGUCAUAGCUAGUCAGAAUCUGAAAUCAACUGAGCAAUUGGGUCGUUCUACCAAGACUCUAAAGGAAACUAGCUCAUGAACAACCCAUGUUUGUGUUACCAAAUUGCUGGAAAAAGAUUCUAAAUGCUUAGGAGUAGCAUCAUUGUUACUAAGGUACGCUCUCAUCCCUGCCCUGUUUAUUUAUUUGUUAUGCGUGAUUUGCUUUCAUUGUAUGACUCAUUUCUUGGUAUCUAUUGGUUCCCUAAUCGAUUGCUAUACUUGCCUUAGCUUUAUUAGUAGAGACCUGAUUUUAGGGCUUAGAGGGAUGCUACGAUUUAUUACCGUACCUUCCUAAUAGGUAAUGUGACCCUUGGACCUAGACUCUGUUUUUCACAAACCUGCUUUUUCUUUGUAGGAGUCAUACUUAAGGUUAAUUUUUUCUUAUUUUGUUUUUCCUUUAAAAAUAAAACAAAAAUAAGUAGCGAAUCCAAAAUCAAUUUUUCACAAAUAAAAAAGCGAAUCACUCCAUUAAGUGGAAACACACGUGAAAAAUGUGGGUGCAUAGUACUAUAUUUUUAUUAUGACUUUGUCACGAGUUCUUAAAAUUUUUUUUUUAGAAACGUCAAACUAUUAAACCUUCUAAUUUGGAUUCAAGAAGAUAGAAGUAGUUGAUAGUGAGCGGGUUUUUUUUUAUCAACCAAAUAAGUGAUUUCUAAAGAUAAAAUCAAGUUGUUUAUGUCUUUUGCUUUUGUUUUCUCAAUUGAAUCUCAAUGAAAUAUUAUUGUUUUUUUUUGCUGAUUUUUUUUAUCUUGGAAUUCAUUGAAAUUAUUAUAUGUUUUUUCUUUAAAUAUUUUUUGGAUCUCAAUUUUUUUUUUCUUAAAGCUUAGGUAUUGUAUUUUUGUUAACAUAUCUUUUGUUAUAUAGUUUUUCCUUGUGAAUUUCAAUGAGCCAUAUAGGGCAUAAUUAAUGGGUUACUCAAACUAUUGAGAAUUGGGUUGUUAGUACCAAAAAUAUUUAUUUUCUAAAAGAACCUAAUACAAGCUUUGUUUUGUUUGUAGAAUCUUCUUCUUGUGGUUGUUUUUUACUUGAAUGGAGGUAUUAUAUGUUCUUUUUCUAUAAAUUUGGUUUUUUUUUUUUUUUUUUUUUUUUUUUUUUU